UUCCGCCGCGAGUACUUCCCCUUCGAGCUGGUACGCACCUUCGCCGAGUUCGACGCGAAAGUAACCACCCUCGAUUGGAGCCCGGACUCCAAGUACCUCAUCGUCGGGUCCAAGGAUUUAACCGCGAGAAUCUUGUGCUUGAAGAAAUUGAAUAGUGGUGGAAAGAAAAAACCCUUUUUGCUCCUAGGGCACAGGGAUUCGGUUGUAGGUUCGUUCUUCGGUGUCAAUUCGAAAACUAGUAGAGUUUGUAAGGCUUAUACGAUUACUAGGGAUUGUUACUUAUUUAGCUGGGGUUUUACUUCUGAUAGUGGUGGUGAGGCUGAGGGUUCGGAGCCGCCCUCGCCAGGGACGCCGGAGAGGGACGCGGAAAGGAAUUUGGAGGUUGUUGAGAAUGAUGGUGUGAAGAAGAGGAAGAAAAUUGAUGUUGAGGAUGGUGAUGAGGGUUACCUGAGUAAGGGAAAGUGGGAGUUAUUGAGGAAGGAUGGGUUUAUGCAGGGAUGGGCAAAAGUGACAGCAUGUGAUUAUCAUAGGGGGCUAGAUAUGGUGUUUGUUGGAUUUUCUAAUGGUGUGUUUGGGUUGUAUCAGAUGCCAGAUUUUGUGUGCAUUCAUUUGCUAUCUAUUUCAAGGGAGAAAAUUACCACCGCUGUGUUUAACGAGCUUGGGAACUGGCUGACAUUUGGCUGCGCCAAAUUGGGGCAGCUGCUGGUGUGGGAGUGGCGUUCUGAGAGCUACAUUUUGAAGCAGCAGGGUCAUUACUUUGAUGUUAACUGCGUUGCCUAUUCGGCAGACUCGCAGCUCCUUGCCACCGGAGCAGAUGAUAAUAAAGUGAAGGUGUGGACACUUUCGUCAGGAUUUUGCUUUGUUACAUUUUCGGAGCACACUAAUUCUGUUACGGCUUUACAUUUUAUGGCAAGUAACAAUUGCCUUCUUAGUGCAUCUCUUGACGGGACCAUUCGUGCAUGGGAUUUAUUACGCUACCGGAAUUUUAGGACCUUUACAACCCCUUCUUCUAGACAGUUUGUUUCCUUGACAGCUGAUCAAAGUGGUGAAGUGAUAUGUGCAGGCACUUCAGAUUCCUUUGAGAUUUUUGUUUGGUCAAUGAGAACGGGACGCUUGCUGGAUGUGCUUAGUGGUCACGAAGCUCCUGUUCAUGGGCUGGUCUUUUCUCCUACAAAUGCUGUCUUGGCUUCAUCAUCAUAUGAUAAAUCUGUUCGGCUGUGGGAUGUCUUUGAUGGAAAAGGAGCAGUUGAAACAUUUCCUCACACUCAUGAUGUUCUUACAGUAGUGUAUCGUCCAGAUGGAAGGCAGUUAGCUUGCAGCACAUUAGAUGGGCAAAUUCAUUUUUGGGACCCAGUAGAUGGUUUGUUGAUGUACACUAUAGAAGGUUCUAGAGAUAUUGCUGGUGGGCGUCUUAUGACUGACUGUAGGUCCGCAGCUAACUCAACUUCAGGGAAGUUCUUUACAACUUUGUGUUAUUCAGCUGAUGGAAGCUACAUAUUAGCUGGGGGAAGUAGCAGAUACAUCUGCAUGUAUGAUGUUGCAGAUCAGGUUUUACUUCGACGUUUCCAGAUAACUCACAAUCUCUCAUUAGAUGGAGUGCUUGACAUUUUAAACUCAAAAAAUAUGACAGAUGCUGGCCCUCUGGAUUUGAUUGAUGAUGACAACAGUGACAUUGAAGAAGGCAUUGAGAAACAAACUCGAGGGAAACUAGGAUUUAACUUGCCAGGAUCUUUGCCUAACCGUGGAAGGCCUAUUAUUCAGACAAAGUGCCUGAGGAUUGCACCUACAGGGCGUAGUUUUGUUGCAGCAACAACUGAGGGAGUUUUGGUUUAUUCUGUUGAUGAAUCAUUCAUAUUUGAUCCAACUGACCUUGACAUAAAUGUUACACCAGAGGCUGUUGAAGAAGCUCUUCGUGAAAAUCAACCAAGUAAAGCCUUGAUCCUUAGCCUUCGCUUGAAUGAGGAUUCCUUCAUUAAAAAAUGUAUAUUUGCGGUUAGUCCAGCAGAUAUUCCUGCAGUUGCCACGUCAAUCCCUUACAAAUAUCUCCAACGAUUAGUGGAGGCACUUGCAGAUCUCUUAGAAAACUGCCCACAUUUGGAAUUUAUACUUAGAUGGUGUCAGGAGCUCUGCAAGGCCCAUGGGAAUUCUAUUCAGCAGAACUCUCGCAAUCUGUUACCAUCAUUAAAAUCUUUGCAGAAAGCAAUCACUAAAAUUCAUCAGGAUCUAUCAGAUACAUGUUCCUCCAACGAAUAUAUGCUGCGGUAUUUAUGCUCUUCUGGUGCCAAAAAAUGAAUUUUAAGAAUUCACGCGUUGGAUUUUAGCAGCUUUGCUCAAGAAUCCCUUUCCAACCUCGGUAUUAUUUAAAUCUGGUAUCUGAUGAACAUCAUUAGCAAGUAGCAACUAGCAAGCAACCUCUGAAGAAUCCAGCAGGAUUUUGAUGUAAUUUCCAAUUGAAUGAAGUUUCAAUUUCUUGAAGGUGUGGCCUCCGUGAGGUGUGUUUCACGGUCUACUGGCAAUUUAACCAAGACAUCUCUUGAGAGGCAUUUCUUUGUAAUGUGGUGGUUAACAGAUUGCAGAGGUUGAGGUUCCUGCUUGAUAUACGCAGCAAUGUGUUUGGAAUCAACUAUUUUAGAAUUAAUUAAUAGAAAAUGUUAGAAAAUUUUGGUCAGAAAUUUUGCCCCGAUGAUAGCAACCACCUUGGGUGGUAUCAAAUGUGGAAUUUUUUAUUGGUGUCUUGUACCAUUGUUAUUGGCUGUUUAUAAGUGAAAUUAAUUGUUGGCAACGUUCUCAAUUUCUAGGAACCUUCGAGUUUUUCUGUUCCAGGAAUAUCUUUGAUGAAUGUUCAGUUUUAGAAUUUAGUAUUGGACAAUAAUAUGUUAAUAUAGAUUUUUUAACAUAUUGACAUAGUA